AUGCCACCCAAACGACCCUUGAAACGACGAGGGGAAGAUGAUGAUCGACGACGGUCCAAGAAAGCGGGGAAGAACAAGAGGGAGAUCACGUAUGAUACUUAUGAUGAAGCUUUAGAUGGUGGGGUGGAAAUGGAAGAGAAAGGUGAAAGGUAUAGGGAUGGUGAUAAGGCUCAGCGGUUCUAUGAACGAGCGGUGGAUUUGUACGAGAAAGCAUUAGGAUUUUCACAGACGUACGAUGCAGCCUACAACCAAGCAAGAGUGCUAUACACCUUAUCAACCUCUUUCCUCCUCCCUCCCACCUCUUUAGCACCCUUGCGCCGUUCCAUCGAAUUAUACCGUCUAGCAACGACACUCACCAACUCUCCUUUACUUCGCAUGGACGUUGCUUUCAACCUCUCGCAAUCAUGUUCAUCCCUCGCAGAUAUACUGGAAGACUUAGAUGUGGAUAAUACCCAGAUAGACGAAGUGAGGAAGCUGAGGGCAGAAGCUAGGGAUAUCUUACAGGAAGUUAUGGAUGGACAGGAGGAGUACCUCCGAGCGACGAGCGAAGAAGAUGAUGUAGAUGAAACCGAGGAGGUAGUUGAUGAGAUGGAAGUUGCUCCGGCUGACUCUGCUCUGGACGAAGGAAGUAUGCAAGUUGAUGAGGAUAAGGAUAAAGCUCAAGAUGAAAACGAAGGAGAAGGAUCGUUCGAAACACAUUUACCGACUCGUUCGACAUAUACCGACACUGUUCUUACACUCAUCGAUAUCCAUCUAUCGCUAUGGACAUCCACCACUGAACCCAAAACGCCAAGUGAAGAAGAACAAAUGACCGUCCGACAGAUAUUAGAUCGUGCAGGGGUAUUUGCCCCACCGGGCCGACAAGCUGAAUUAGACUUGUGCGAGGUGAAAGUACUGCUGGGUAUGGAUAGUAUAGUAUGGGAGAUAUACAAAAAUCAAGCUCAUCCUAACAUGGGAUUAGAAAAAUCGUUGGAAGGUGCCAUAGCAGCCCUUACAGCGAUUUUAGGAAGUUUAGAUAUAACUCCACCUGAAGAUUUGACUGUUAGACCGGAGAUUCUGACGAUUCUUAGUGAUACACAUAUGGAAAUUGCCAAUAGGAUGUUGGUUUUGAAUAAACAACUUCCUCCGGGACCUUCGCCAUUGGCUCAACAAGCUUGGUAUCACCUUUCUCAAGCUACCUCCCAUCUUACCACUGCUCUGGAUCUACCGACAAACGCACUGACCCCAAAGGCAUUCAAACCUUCUGUAUUGCUGAACUUGAGUAAAGCAAGUUUGAGAAGAGCUAGGUUGGCGGACAUACAUGAGACUGCUAAGAGGAAUGUAGGACAGUUGGUGGAUAAUGCUUUUACGUAUGCAACUAGAGCGGGUGAAGGCUUGGGAGUGAAAUUUGUGAAAAUAGAUGGAACUUCGACCACAACGGGUUCAGGGAUGAGUCUCAGUAUAGGUGGUACGAUGGGAGGUGGGGAGGAAUUACCAUGGCAGAGUGGGUGGGAGAAUGAAUUGUUGAUUAGGAACAUCAUCUUACAUCAACUUAGAAAUGGACUGUAUGCUACGAGAACGCUUUUGGUACCCGAAGAACAGGAUAGACAGAAGUAUGGCAGUGGAUUACAGAAGAUCACGAAGAAGCUGAGUGGAUUAAAAGGAGAGAGAAAGUUAGGUGCAGAUGAUGUGAAGAGGUUCUUAGCUGAGAUAGAGGAUGAGGAAGGUUUGAUAGAGGAUUUGGAGAGAUCGUGGUGGAAUGAGCUGUUUGCGUAG